GGCGGAGGACGGGAGUGAGGCGGGCGGAGGACGGGAAUGAGGCGGGUGGGCCCCGCUCCCGGCACCGCCUCCCCCCCUCAGCUGAGGGCGAUGGAGGGCGGCGAAACUCCCGCUGAGCCCGGCUCGGGGCCUGCCAGGCGCUUCCCGGUGGCGGCGGUGGAUGAGAUCCUGAGGGAUGUGGUGGGCAGCGCCCUGAGGGAGCGGCGCUACGAGCCGGGGCCGUGCCGGGAGGCGGCCAAGGACAUCGCUGAGGUUGUUAAGGCGCGGGUGAAAGCGCUGGCGGUGCCCAGGUACAAGAUCGUGGUGGUGGCACACGUUGGGCAGCUGGGUGGGCAGAGCCUGCAGAUGGGCAGCAGGUGCCUCUGGGAUCCCCAGAGUGACACCUUCUCCUCGUACGUCUUCAAGAACGCCUCGCUGUUUGCUGUGACAAAUGUCUAUGGCAUGUAUUUGGAGUAGGGAGGUGGCCCAGUUUAGCAGCAGGAGAAAUGAAGAUUCAGCCUAACUCUUCCUGUCUCUGUAGUUGAAAAUAUCUGUGAAGGACCAAGGUACUCUCACCUGCUUUGUAAUGUGAGCCCUUGGGUGAAUGGAAUAAGGGUCUUUCCCAGAGUUUUCUCUGGGAAGUGGCUUUCUGUGACACGGUUUUGCAGCUGAUGGCUGCUUUCAGAACUUUCCCUGGAGGGGAAAUAUUCCCUGUAAGUAAUGUUUUCCCUGUUCUCCUCCAGGGAACAUUGCUGGAGGCAUUGGGAGUAGGAAACAGCCCAUGGCUUUUGCCUGCCUGGUUUUGGGGCUGGUGCUGAUGAUUCUAAGUCUCUCCUGUUGCAGCCAUUCCCCACUGAGGUGUGCUCUGGCUGACCUUGCUCUGAAUCUGAAAGCAGACUUUUUGCUGCCCCUGAUUCCCAGCUGAAACCUGCUGUUAGGUUUUCCUGAGUCAGAGAACAAAUCUAUCACUAAUUGCUUCUUUUAUUACACUUUAAGGUGCAAAGCCAAAACCAGAAGAGUAGUUAGUCAGGAAGAAACACUUCACGUACUCAUGACUAAAAGCUUAACUCUAACCCACUGUAAACACUGUGAAAUGCAGACAACCUUUAGCCACUUUCUGCUGUGCACUGUUAGCACCCAAAAGCUACAAUUAAAGAACACAGCUGCAAGAAUC